CAAGCUGCAGUAUAAGGAGUAGUGGCAGGGAGGAGGCCUCUGGGAAGGCAGGGGAGUCUGGGAAAGGAGAGAGGAGGCUGCAGACCUAGAAGGAGUGAGAACAAGAAGUCAGAAGGAAAAAGAGAACAGAGGAGGGUACACGGCACAGAGAAGAGAAAGGGCCAACAGAAGGAAACUUGGGUGGGAAAAAGACACUUAGGAGGGAGAAGGAGUGAGGCAGAGAUGAAGUUACAGGGGUCCCUGGCCUGCCUCCUGCUGGCCCUGUACCUGGGCAGUGGGGAGGCUGGCCCAUUGUUAAGUGGAGGGGCAAGAGCUGAAGCAGGUUUUGGGGAAGCCGUUGGACAUGCGGCAGGAGAUGCCAUUAGUCAUGGAAUCAGGGAGGCCAUUGGCCAAGGGGCUGGAGAGGCAGCCCAUGCUCUUGGAAACACUGGGAGUGAGGCUGGCAGACAGGCUGAGAACAUUAUUCGACAUGGAAUAGAUGCUGCCCACAGCUCCUGGCAGGGGAUGCCUGGCAGCAACGGUGCUUGGGGAACCAAUGGCCAGCCUCCAUCUGGAGGCCACGGCACCUUUGGCUCUCAGGGUAGCCUCGGAGCCCACAGCCAGGGCAAUCCCGAAGGUCCAGGCAAUCCCUGGAUCCAUGGACACGCUGGAGGCUCAGGUGGCAGCUUCGGAACCAACUCUCAGGGAAACUCCUGGGGUCAAGGAGGCAAUGGAGGGCCAUACAACUUGGGGCCCAACACUCAGGGAGCUGUGGCCCAACCUGGUUAUGGCUCAGUGAGGGGCAACAGCAACCCAAAUACGGAGUGCACCAACCCUCCGCCCUCUGGCUCAGGUGGAAGCUCUAGCAACUCUUGGGGAAGCAGUGGCGGCAGCAGUGGCGGUGGCAGCAGCGGCGGUGGCAGCAGUGGCAGCGGUGGCAGCAGCGGCAGCAGUUCUGGGGGCAACUGGGAACACAGUAGCAGCUCUUCCUCAGGAAACAGCGGAGGAAGUGGUGGUGGACAUAAACCCGAGUGUGACAACCCAGGAAAUGGAGUCCGAGUGUCCGGAGGAUCUGGGGGUCAGGGAAUAAGCAGGGAAGGUAGUCGCCUCCUUGGGGACUCCCAAGGCAAUUAUCAGGGGCAAGGGUCCAGUGGGGGAGGUGAAGCUGUCGGUGGAAUCGAUAACUUGAACUCUCAGACUUCUGGGCCCUUCAACUUCGACACUUUCUGGAAGAACUUUAAAGCCAAGCUGGGUUUCAUUAACUGGGAUGCCAUAAACAAGGGCCAAGUCCCAUCCCCCAGCACUCGAGCCCUCCUCUACUUCAGUCGACUCUGGGAGGAUUUCAAACACAAUACUCCUUUUUUGAACUGGAAAGAAAUUAUUGAGGGUAACUAUUCAUCAUCAUCACUUCAGAAGAGGGCAGGCAGUGCUGGUCAGCCUGGUGCAGGAUGGCCAGAGGUACCAGCAGUAACUUCUAAGAACUACAAUUAUAACCAGCAGGCAUAUCCUACUGUCUCUGGUGGGCAGUACUCCGCCAAGGUCCCCGCUAAGGGGGGAGUCACGCUUUCUUCUUCGGCUUCCCGGGCGCGACCUGGCCUGCUGCAGUGGUUGAAGUUCUGGUAGAAAAUUACUCCCAACAAUGCCUGAGACCCUGAGAAACAUCAGUCAUCGAGGAACCCAGCCAUGCCCCUCCCCCAGCUCUCCCUCUGGGCCAGCCCUGGUCUGGGUGUUGACACCUGCUCUUUCUAGGUUGGGGACCUGUCCUUUGUUUCUUCCCACGCAUGUGGCGCCUCCUUGACCACCAGCCUCAUCAAAUAAACCAGCCACUUUUUCUACCUACUCCAUGUGUGACCUGAAGUCACUGACCAUCUUUCAGGAGGAGCGUCCCACUUUUGAGUUUCUCUGUGGAAAUAAAACAUGAAUCUUUUUUUCUCUAA